GCACCAAACUAUCUGGAACUUUAUAUUUAUGGGCUUCACGUUCGUCACUUGAUCAAAACUGGAGUGUGGAUAGACUAGAACUAGGCCUUGAAAAGGAUCCUGGAAGGAGGGUGCUGCUUAGAGACACUUCAAAAUUGUCUGUGAAUGAAUUGUCAGAAAAUGGAGAAAACAGUUCUAAAUGAUAAGUCUUCAACUAAGGAUACUACAAGAGAGUCUACUUUGAAUUCCAAGUUCAAACAGAAUGUACAGUCAGUGGCUCCCAAAGAAAGUGAAAACAGUUACAAUUUGGUUGAUGCUAAAGAGGCUUUAAUUGCAGAAAACAUGACAACAGAACACCCUGAAGAUUCAGAAUUCAAGACACUUUCGCAUACUGAGCUGAAAAGAUUUUUUCAAGGGGCUCUUAGUCAGCUUCUCUGUGAUGAUCCAAUACUAACCGACCUUCACCCACAAGUCACCCUGGAGGAGGUAAAUGCAUUAAUCGAGUUAGAACACGGAAGAGCAAUGAAAAUCUACAUUGAAAAAGCUGAUGAAGGAUUUUGGAGUGUGGUUAUUCCUCGUGAAGCAUCCGUGUAUGAGCUCAAGCAAGCUCUGAAACACCACGUGGCCCUUGUUUUGAGUCGAAAAGGAGUGAAAAAGAAGAUCAGCUGGCGACACGUCUGGAAGACAUAUUGGCUCUCUUACAAUGGGGAGAAACUCUCUGAUGAUAACACCAAAUUAAUUGAAUAUGGGAUAAAGAACAAAUCACAUCUGACAUUUAUGAAGAAGUAUAGAGAAAGACAACAAUUUGGAAAGAGGAGCAUCUUCAAAAAUAAUGGGCUGUACUGUAUACUGAAGAUGCAAUUUGGUGCAAGGGUAAUUCUUGUUGGUGCCAGAUGCUCCAUUCAGGAAUACAUCCCCCUCACCAUGGCUCUGCAUUAGAUGCCAGAAAUAUGGGAUAUCAUAAAUAGAAGGGGGUCUUGUUCCUGCCACAAUAUUGAUAGGACGGCUAAGGUUAAGAUGAACACGGAUACAACCCCGGAAACUGCCAUCAUCUUCCUGUGAAAACAAAAAAAAUAUGUAUGGAGGUUAUAAGGCCCCUCGUAAAAAUGGUCACAAUGAAAAAGAAUUUGCAGCCGACAAGAGCGAGUCUUGUGCCUGUUUGACUGCGGCACCUGAGUGAGGCCUCACAACAGGUUUCAAGAUACCGUAUCACACACCACAGGAUAUGGGUUUCCUGUGCUGUAAAAACAAGUACUGUUAUCUAGUACACUGUGUUUACAUAUUAUAGUGAGAGCAUGGCUAGUAAGUAUGGCUCAUGUUAUAGAGCAAAAAGUAAUCAUAUUUAAUGAUCCAGUAUAUUAUGACUAUAUACUAUGACUUGGUCAUCUACACAAUAAAACAAGUUACUGGAGCAAAAAAUAUGGUAGAAACAAUAGAAUAGGCAUAGUAUUGAGUAAAAGUGCCAUCAGCAUGAUUAGAAGAUCAGCAGCAGUUCUCAGCUUCUCUUAGCAUAUAUAAGAACUAUUGCUAAAACAAAAGUUUAAAUUUUCAAGAGAAAAGUAGACUUUCCUCAGGAAAGUCCUGGAUGAGCUGGGUUGUCAUAGAUGUAUCCACACAUUGUCAGUGGACAUGAAGCCUGUUAGGCCAGUGACUGACCUUCCCAGAUUGUAUCCAACUCUAGUUGAGUCACUCCAGGUACCUAUUUACUGCUAGAUGAAUGAAGGAAUUUGAAGAAAAAAAUCGUUCCCAAAUGUCUACGUCCUACAGCAGGAAUCGAACUUGGUACCUGUCAAUUGCAAGCUGACUGCACUGUCCACCCUGCUACUACAAUAGAACUGUAAUGUAACCCCAAUGGGAUUGCAGGCCAGUGUCAGCAACAGCCUUAACAAUUAAGUUAUUACCAGAAAAGCUUUACUUCCAGCGUGACUUCUUUAGUAAAAAUUUUAAGUUAGCCAUAGGUAAACAACAAAUACUGUAUGGUAAUAAAAUAUAAACAAUGCUAUCCAAAA